AUGGGUAACGAUCAGUCCCAAGCCAGUACCCAGCAGGGCGAGAAGGUGCUGGAUUACUACGAGCUACUGCAAGUGUCGGAAGAAGCGACCGGGGAAGAGAUCAAGAGGGCCUAUCGCAAGCUAGCCCUCGUCCAUCAUCCAGACAAGAACCCAGACCGAGUGGAAGAGGCCACAAAAUUCUUUGCAGAUCUCCAGGCGGCAUACGAGAUCCUCUCUGAUCCAAACGAAAGAGCAUUCUACGACUCGCAUCGAAAUACGACCGUCAUCACCGACGAAGAUCUGUAUGACCAUGUACGCUCAGGGAAGACCAAGGAGGAUGUCAAGCGGCGGCAGGGAGAGCCAGGGGUCAGGCUGGAGCAGCUUAUGCGCUUCUUUGAGCCGAAGCUGGGCAAAAGGCUCGAUGACAGCAACGAGGGAUUCUUCUCAGUGUAUCGGAAUCUCUUUGCACUCCUGGCAUCGGACGAAAGCCUUCACUCCAGCGAGGCGAUAGUGUACCCAUCAUUUGGCGAUUCGCAGACUCCAUACGCUCCCCCGCCCGGUAUGCCCCGCGCGGAACGUCUCUCGCUGCCCUGGGUUCGUGACUUUUACGCGGUCUGGACGGAGUUUGUCACCUCGAAGGGGUUCGAGUGGGUGGGGAAAUGGGACGUCGAACGGGGGGAUGACCGUGGCAUCAGGCGAUUGAUGGAGAAGGAGAACAAGAAGGUCCGCGAGGACUAUCGGAGAGAGUACAACGACGCAGUCAGAAAACUCGCCUUGUUCAUACAAAAUCGCGAUCCCCGCUACAAAUCCUACCUCAAGACGCAGGCUCAACGAAAGUCGGCCGCCAAGGUCGCUCCUGCGCAGCCCAUACCAGCCGCUCGUGCACCAUCCCCGACGGACGACUUUGAGGAGCAGGAUUGGCAACGUCUCCGGCAUAGCAGCGACGAAGAAGGGAGUGAGAACGAGGGGGAGGAAGAGGCAUUAGAGUGCGUUGCGUGCGCAAAGACAUUCCUGUCCGAAGCGAGUUGGGCGAAUCAUGAGAGGAGCAAGAAGCACAAACAGGCUGUGCAUAGAUUGCGGCAGGAGAUGGCAUUUGAGGAUGAGGCGCUCGACCUCUCACGAGAUCAAUCUGAUGAAGAGGAGUCGAACGGGGGUGAGCAAGGUCUGGAAAGGGGUAUGGCGGAUCUGUUACUCGAUGAAGACGCGGGCGCAGACGUGGCGGGUGAUGCUGCGAUGCAGGGCAAGGUCGCAGUUACUGAGGAUGCUUUCGAAGAAGCCAACGAACCGGACCCAGAAUCGGACCACCUGCUCGAGCCGGGCGCCGCCGAAACGGCUGAAUUGCCAGCCAUAGCGACUACCGAGAAGGCUUCCGGGGCGACGCCAGUCGAACGGAUGGAAGGGCCAUCGAAGCGAGAGAAGCGUCGAGCCAAAGAAGCCCAGAAGAAGGCGGAGGAGGCGGAGAGGCUGAAAGCGAGUAAGGGGAGGAACGGCCGGCAACAAACGGAAUCCGAUCUCGCUCCUGAUCAUGGAAAGGGAAGUCGGAGGGGGAAGCCGCCGUCGAGGAGUGAAACGCCUAUCCAACUGGCGAAACCACCUCAGGUCAAGAUGAAGAAGAAAGCUGCCGAGGCAGUCCCUGAAGUCACUGAGCUGGAUUUGCAGAAGGUGAUCCGAGGCAUCGAGGACAAGUGUGAAAAGCUCGAAGAUCGAUGGGCGAGCGAGUGGACCAACAUAAUGGCAAAGAUAUCUUCUAUACAGACUAUCCUCUGCCUUGGUUUGGGCCGAGUGUAUACGGAUCGAACUGCGCAGAUACAAUUGGCUUUGAUUUUGGUUCUGUCCAGAAAAUUCAAGGUCCCUAUAUCGGCUUUCGAUCCAGUCUGGGACAACUACGACCAGCAAAUACUGAGGAACUUACAGGUGGAAGUCUUGCAGGAGAAUCUGAUGGGUCGGCAUCGACUUGACCAGCCAACUCUGAUGUACAUGCCACAUACUGGCAAGCCUCUAUACGAAUCGAUCUUGUCCACCAACUAUUCUCCAUCCCUGACCGCCCACGUCCUCCUCGGAAACGAUCUAGCAGAUUACGUCCCACAUACAGCUCGCCCGACCAACACCGACUUUGAGAAGCCAAAGAAGAAACGCAAAGACAGAACGCCUGCGUCUGUCCCUCCAGAUAGUGUACUUGGGCGGCUCGGUGAGUACAUCUAUGGUCUGCGCUGA